AUGACAGCUCUUCAUACAGUGAAAACGCACACUCGUCCAUUUCGUCAAAAGUUGUACAACAGAGUGGUUUGGACUGGUUCAGCGCUGGUCAAUCGUGUUUUGAUUAUCUCGACCAGGAAACUCUUCUCUAGAAUUGACGAUUAUCAUGAUAUUUCACUUGCUGAUUGUGGCUGUAUUUAUCUGUUUUAGGCCGCCGUAGCUACCAAGGACAUUGAGAAACCGGUCGUCGAGACUGCGACCGUACAUCGCAUCCGCAUCACGCUGACGUCCCGGAAUGUGCGCAGCCUGGAAAAGGUGUGUGCCGAUCUGAUCGCCGGGGCAAAGAAGCAGAAGUUGCGUGUGAAGGGUCCAGUCCGCAUGCCGACCAAGAUCCUCCGCAUCACGACCCGUAAGACUCCUUGCGGUGAAGGUUCGAAGACUUGGGAUCGUUUCCAGAUGCGCAUCCACAAGCGUAUCAUCGAUCUGCACUCGCCAUCGGAAAUCGUGAAACAAAUCACCUCGAUUAACAUGGAACCCGGUGUAGAGGUUGAAGUGACGAUUGCUGACCCUUAA